CACCAUCAAUGUUGAAUAUGGCCUUAAAAACAACAUUCAUAACUGCGUUCUCUAAUCUGACAAAAUACCACAAAAUUUAAGGAGACCAUAUGAGCGUCGUACUUCCCGCAACAAAAUCAGUACCUUGGUUUGCUUCUCCACAGUAAUCAACCACCGCCGCGCCGCCGCCCAACCCCACUGGUUUUAGUCAUGAAACCUCCCGGCGGCGUACUCACCUCCGCUCGUCAUCCGAUACUACUGCCAAUACGAUCUGCUUUCUCCACGAGUUCUCCCCGCGUCUUCUGCCUCGCGUUAAGGCUCAGACCACCGGUACGACGCCGUUCCUGUCUAAGACUGUCGUGUUCAUUGGAGAAUACCGGCCGUAGUACGGCGUCGUACCAUUAUUCUUCCGCAACCAAAGACGAGGUAUCGGACGCGCUGCCCGAAAUUGAAUCGCUCAAUGUUGAAGUGAGAAGCCCUCUUAUUCCAGCUUCGGUCCCUACAUUGAGUUUGAGCGAUCAAGCUUUCUUGAUCCUUGCCUUCGUUGCGUGCACGACUUCCAUUGCAUUCGCCAGCCUUGUUGCUGCAGCUGUACCUACAUUGUUUGCAAUGCAAAGGGCAGCGAUAUCUCUUGCAAAAUUAGCUGAUACUGCCCGCGAGGAGCUUCCUAGUACCAUGGCUGCUAUCAGGCUUUCUGGCAUGGAAAUCAGUGAUCUCACUCUAGAAUUAAGUGACUUAAGCCAUGAAAUAGCAGAUGGAGUGAACAAAUCUGCUCAAGCUGUGCAGGCAGCACAAGCCGGAGUUCGGCAAAUAGGUUCACUUGCUCACCAACAAACAAUGAGGGCCGCAAAGAAAACUUCCCGUGUUGUUGGUCAAGCCACCAAGAGCUUGUUGAAUAUCAUCUCGAGAGGUGAGCGUAGCUUGGUGGACGAAGAUGUUGAUCCCACGGACAGGAUCGAAAGUUGAGAAUUUUAGCCAAAAGCGAAUCUUAGAGCAUCUCUAAUUGAACAUUGUCCAUUUUUGUGUUGUAUGGCAUGGAGAAAUGGAGAAGGGAAAUUACAAAAUUGUGUCUCCAAUAGUUAAUGUUAAUUGUGGUAUUAUUUCUCUAGGAGAAGAUAGAUAAAUUGAAUAAAUAAUAUAAUAUAUGAUAUAAAGUAUUUAGAUACUUAUAGACAUUUUCCAUGCCACAUAAGAUUAUUCGUGCCAUAUGACAACAAAAUGAAGCAAUGGAAAGACCUCUUAGAUGUCAGACUUUUAAUUUUGGUAGAAAGCAGUUGGAAGGCGCUUGCGUGUGCUCCUCGCAAAAUGAAAAUAUUCUUGCAGAUAAUUCUCA